AUGUUGUUACCCGCGCGGCAUGCAAGGGACGGCGCCCUCGAGAGGAGAGAAGUCUCCAAGCAGGGCAGGACCUUUGUCGUAGUCGGAAUCAUCGCCGUCGCCAUCUUCGCCAUCCUCAUAAUCACAUACUUCUCAACCCUCAAGUUCCGCGCCCCGUACCGCGCCGCAAAGAAAGCACAACAGUCGUCCGCCGACAAACUCCCCUCGUUAUUCUCGUGGAAAGCGUUCCGCAAGCGCCCGCGCCGAAAUGACUACUCGACCAGUCUGCAGGAUACCGAGUACCGGGGGAGCACAAGCAGGGCGAGUGGUGAGAUGAGCGGAGCAGCAGCAGGAGAUCCGGAAAGGCAGAUAAACAGCUCGACCGGUGCCGGCGUCGACCGAAACACCUCCGUCCGCAGCGUCAUGACCCUCCCCGCCUACUCGUCCGCCGCACGAGAGAACGAGCGCGUCCUCGCCCGCGAAGGCGAACGCGGCGGCGUAGACACAGUCCUCGAGCUCCCCGAAACCAUCGACGAAGAAGAGCGCCAACGGGAAGAAGAAAUGGAAUCCCUCUAUCAAAUCCGGCUCGCCCGCCGCAUCGAAGCCACCGACCGCGAAGCCCGGCGUCAAGCCCGACGAGAAGCCCGGGCUCGCGGCGACGUCCAAGCCCUAGCUGAUAUACGGCGCCGCGCAGAAGAAGCAGCCGACCUCUCCGUCUCCCAGAUGCUCAUCGCAGAGCACCAAGCCCGGACCCGGUCGAGAGACAGACGCGUGAGCGCUGUUGCAUAUGGCGACUUGGGCGUCGCGCGCCACGACGGCACACGCCUCCGAGCCAACUCCUCCGAAAGCGACAACAGACCCCUCCUCGACUCCGCCGCCUCUUUCUCCGGCCAAUCCCGCGGCCGCGACGCCCACGCCCGCGGCCUCUCCGUCACAUCUCUCACACAAUCCGUUGAAUCCCGCGGAUCAGACGAUUACGACUUUGCGGAUGCGUCGCGCUCGAAUUCACAUUCUACUGCUGGGCCUAGUCCUAGUCCGCAUGCUGAGGGCUUUGAGGUUGAGUUAUAG